CAGAGAACUGUAGUACAGAGUAUCUACCAGUUGCGUUGGUACAGUAAGUUCUUUAAAAAGUAACGUGCUUUUGUCAUGUAGAAGUGUUUUACAAUCAGUCCUUAAAACAGCAGAGUGAAUGUACGGUGAAUGUUAUGUACAAAAUAAGAAUAGCGGAAGGAGAAUUCCUUUAUUAGUUAUAAAAAAGGUUCACUAUUUUAGAUAUGUAUGUGAGAAUAUUUGUAUUGUCUGUGCAUCAUCUUCGCCAGGUGUGGCUUUAUUUUGAAGGGCCAACCGGAAGCUCUGUCUCAUUCCAUCCAGCCUGACGUGGCGUGCGCAGCGGAAAGCCGACCCGAGAGCAAAAGAAGCGGAGAGCAGAGAGGUUGGGGAAAAAGGCACCAGUGAAAUGCCGUAAAGCCCAGUGGGACCAGCCCGAACCAGACAAGAACCGAGGAGAGUUUUUUCUUUUUCUUCUUUUCCUGCUUGUCCCUCCACAGUGCUCGCCUUUUUGAUGCCGUCCUCACGGAGUUUUGGGCCAGUAACGGACUUCUUAUUCCUGGUGGGCUGAACCAUGCAGAGGCUGCUGCUGCUCCUCACUUUGCUGCUGACUUUACAAACUGUGUGGACCGCCAGGUUCUCCCAGGAACCGGCAGACCAGUCGGUGGUGCGGGGCCAGAGGGUGAUCCUGUCCUGCGUGGUCUUCAACUACUCGGGCAUCGUUCAGUGGACCAAAGAUGGCCUGGCGCUGGGCAUCGGCGAGGACCUACGGGCUUGGCCCAGGUACCGAGUGCUGCGGGUCCAGGAGCUGGGCCAGUACAACCUGGAGAUCCUGUCAGCUGACCUGUCUGAUGACUCCUUGUAUGAGUGCCAGGCCCCCGAUGCUGCCCUGAGGUCCAGGAGGGCUAAGCUCACUGUCCUCAUUCCCCCAGAUGACCCCGUGAUCGAUGGCGGCCCAGAGGUUCUCCUCAAUGCGGGGGAGUCCUACAACCUCAGCUGUGUGUCCCGGGGUGCUAAACCGCCUUCCAUGAUCGAGUGGCUUAAAGAUGGCCUCCCUGUGGACGGGGCUGUCAGCGCCACCGAGGUUCUUCCAGACCGCAAGAGGGUGACCACGCGCAGCUUCCUGCCUGUCCACCCUAUCGACACGGACACGGGGAGGAACUUCAGCUGUGUGGCCUCCAACCUGGCGGCCCCCGCGGGCAAGAGCACAACAGUCACCCUCAACGUGCACCAUCCACCGACCGUGACCUUGUCCAUUGAGCCUCGCUCCGUCCUGGAGGGCGACAGGGUCACCUUCACCUGCCAGGCCCAUGCCAACCCCCCUAUUAUGGGCUACAGGUGGGCCAAAGGUGGUGUGGUUCUACAAGGUGCCAGGGAGACCGUUUUCACCACCAAGGCGGACCACUCCUUCUUCACCGAGCCGGUUUCCUGCCUGGUGUUCAACGCCGUGGGAAAGACCAACGUCAGCAUCCUGGUGGACGUCCACUUCGGACCCAUUCUCUUGGUGGAGCCGCAGCCCAAAACGGUGGACGUGGACUCGGAUGUCACCCUCAACUGCAAAUGGGCCGGGAACCCCCCUCUCACGCUCACGUGGUUCAAGAAAGGUUCAAACAUGGUCCUCAGUAACAGCAACCAGCUGUACCUGAAGUCUGUGAGCCAGGCGGACGCCGGACAGUACGUGUGCAAGGCCAUUGUGCCGCGGAUCGGGGUCGGCGAGACGGAGGUCACGCUCACUGUCAAUGGUCCACCCAUCAUCUCCAGCGACCCCAUCCAGUAUGCAGUACGAGGGGAGCGGGGGGAGGUGAAAUGCUUCAUCGCAAGCACACCUCCUCCAGAUAAGAUUGUGUGGGCAUGGAAGGAGAACGUGUGGGAGGAGGAGAAAGGAACGCUGCUGGAGCGCUAUACGGUGGAGCAAAGCAGGACGUCGACCGAGGGCGGCGGCGUCCUCUCCACGCUCACCAUCAACAACGUGAUGGAGUCCGACUUCCUGACCUCUUACAACUGCACGGCCUCCAACUCUUUCGGGCCCGGCACCAUGAUCAUCACCCUGGAGGAGACGGAUGAAGUCCCAGUGGGGAUAAUAGCUGGGAGUACAGUGGGCUCCACCAUCCUCUUGUUCAUCUUCCUCCUGAUCCUUGUUCUCAUCUUCUACCGGCAGCGCAAAGGUCGGCGAGGGGUCACGCUGGGCAAGCCGGACAUUAAAGUGGAAACCAUCAACAAGGAGAGCCACAGCUUGGAGGAGGACUCGGGCAGCGUGUCCACGGCUUCACGUAUGGUCAAGGCCAUGUACUCGUUUCUCCCCUCUGUGUCCUUUUCUCCUUCCAAUCAGCCCUUUAAGGAUGACAUCGAGCUGAAGUCCGACCUCCGCAGCGACACGCUGGAAACCCGCCAGGAGUACGACCUCAAGGAUCCCACCAACGGCUACUACAACGUACGAGCGUCCACGCUCGACGAAGGACGUCCCGCCUCCCGCUCCACCAUGCAUUACUCCGACUACCGCUCCCCCACCGGCACCCCAGGCGGAGCUGCAUCCAUCAGCAGCAGCGCAGCUGGCUCGGGGGCCACGGCCAGCGGAGGAGCCCCCGUUCCGCCGGGCCCUCUCACAUCCCCGGGCCGCCCCCAGGCUUGCUAUGACCCCCGGCCCCCUUCCAGACUCUCUCACAUCAGCUACGCCCAGUUCAACACCUUCACCCGCGGGGGCCAGAAUCAGCAACCUCCAAGCAACCCGGCCCCGGCUCCCGCUGAAUUCCCGGGGGACUGCAGCCUGCUGGACUCCACCUCCCAGCUGGCGUACGACAACUAUGGCUACCCCUCGCAUUACCAGACCUACCGCAUGGGGUUCGCCCCAUCUAGCCUGGCCCCACUGGAGGCCGGUCCCUCAUAUGAAAUGUACGGGGUGGGGUCUGGGGUAGCGGGCCCUCCGGUUGGGGUGGGCCCCGGAGGCGCCACACCCUCGGGCUCAGACACGGGACUUGGGAAGUACGGCAGCUCCACUCGCUUUUCCUACACGUCGCAACAUUCUGACUACUCCCACAGCCGACACACGCAGAGGAUGCAGACUCACGUGUGAGGACCGACAUGUCAUGCGUAGCAUGACGAGUGUCGUAGCGAUAGCGUUGCAGCUAAAAACACACACAGGCACAUACACAGAUUUACAUGCACACACUAACACGCCCCGGUGAACACAAACAAGGCACAUGCACACUCGUAGAGGAGCGUGCCCGUGAGACAAUGGUGGGAUUUGUGGGAGGAGAAGAUGGAGACAAAAGUGUGGCAAACAUCACACCGGCUCUUUUUCAAAUGGGAGCUCCGAGAGAGCAGACAGCGCAAAUCACAAUCAAGACAAAGAAGAGGACGACAACACCAUCACAGAUGCGUCACGUUUCCACCAAGCAGCACAGUUGGGUUCACUUGUCAAGAGUUGUGAAGGGUUCCAAAAAAAAAGAGACAGGUACCACUGCAGCACUUUUUGACAUCUGGCAACCGCUGUCCAGUAUGUAAAAGGGGGUGGAGCUCGACACACUGCAGGCCAUUAAUGGGCAGACAGAGAAAGAUUGCUUGGAUGGGGUUUGAAGACGACAAAAAAACUAAAGCUACCAAGAAGAAAGAACACCAAAUGCUGGAUGUCUUCCAUUGGUAGGGUGCCGACAACCAACUUGAUGGAAAUAUGGCUGGAACGGAUGAGCAGACAAACAUGGUACACGCCGAUCGGGGGGAAAUACCAGCCAGUGGAAGUCAUGUCUGGUCGCCAUUUCUUUCCCUUUUUUUUUUUGCUGGUCUUCUUGAAGAAAAGCCCAUUCCAAUUCUUUCCAUCCUGCUUAUUAUUAGCCAAUAUUUAGCCAAGGGAACGUGUUUUAAGGGACCGGGGGUAGUUGUCAUCGUUUUGCACUGCAUCAUCAUCAUCAGUAUUCAUGCUUUAUCUCAUCUAUAUCUGUGAUCUUUUUAUUUGCACACCUGAUGAGAGGCUUUGUAUUCUAUUUUUUAACAUUACAGAAUUAUUUUUGUCAAUGUAAAACAUGUAAUGAUGUAUAUGUUACGGACCAAAAGUUUGGAGGAGUCGUGCCAUCAAAAAGGGUAUCAGUGUAUAAAAGAAAACCUAGUGCCAAGUGUUCAUAUUGUUCUCCACCGUAGACUAUGUACAGUAUAUGCAGUAGGAGCUCCUUCUAUUGGCGACUGUUGCUUUACAAACCAGGUGAGGGACCUCGGGUCAGACUUUUUCCUUGGCUUGGGCUUUUUUUUUUUGGCGCCCUGAGCUCUAAAAUGAAAGACUAGUGCGGACGGCAAGAGCUAUGCGGAUGUUGGGUUUCGAACUGAGUGGCCUUAUCGGGAGAAUAUAAUCUUUCCUCAUCGUCUGCCUGCCAAAAUGGCCAGAAGAGAAUGUGUAUGGAGAGGUUCCAUGAAGGCCGUCUACAACAUUGACAUGUAGUAGUGAGUGUGUGUUUGUGUGAGUGUGUGAGACACGUCAAGAUGGAGUGUGUGGGCACUGGCACGCACAUCAAUUUGUACAGUGUGUUUGUAUAGACGUGUGAAUGGAUACGUGCAUACUCCAAAUGUCUGACUCAUGUGUGCGUGGGACUGUUGAAUGCAUGUCCAUGUGUAUACAAUACGUGUGUGUGUGUGCGAGUGUGUGUGUGUUUCAUAUGUCUAUCAUUUUUCUCACAAUCCAGUACUUUUAUACCUCUGGUAGGACUGUAUCCUGUAUUAUUGUGUCUUUGAAUAUAGGCCCCAAUUUUUAUGUUAUUGUACUGUUCCGUAGCAGGAAAAAAAACUGUUUAAAAGAUGUACAAAAAAGCCCAUUAUCAACUCAUUUUUUAAUUUCAUUAUCUUCAAUAUUUUUUAAAAAUCGUAUGUAAUUAUUUUUCCACAGUAUUACAUAAAUAAAAGCACUGUUUUUUAUUAAAAAGUA